AUGGCGCGCACAAAGUCGAUCUCAACUUACGUUGGAUGCGUCCUGCUGGCUUUCAUGUCCUCUCUAGGCCGGCCAGAAGUCGAGGCCUCAGCACUUACCACUACCGUCGCACCAGGAGAGAAACUCUGCUUCCAUGCCUGGGUCGACAAACCAAAGGAGAAGGUGGGAUUCUAUUUUGCAGUUCAAGCGGGUGGAUCGUUUGAUAUCGAUUGGUCGAUCACAGAUCCUCGAGAUAAGAUAAUACUCGAGGGAGAGAAGGAGCGACAGGGCGACUUUGUACUUACGGCGCAUGAGAUAGGAGAAUAUUCAUUCUGCCUCAAUAACGAUAUGUCUUCCUUCAGCGAGAAGACCGUCGACUUCGAUAUCAUGAUCGAAAACGAACCCCGAUCAAGCCCGCCGCUCAAACAAACCAGUCUUCUGGACCAGGCCAGUAGUCUCGAAGAAAGUAUCUACAAACUCAGCGGCAGUCUCAGUAACAUCCAACGGACUCAGAAGUAUUUCAGAACACGCGAGAACCGAAACUCGGCAACAGUGAAAGACACUCAAAAUCGGAUCUUUUAUUUUAACCUCGGAAUCAGUCUGUUACUAAUCGGAAUCUCAUUUACUCAAGUAUGGAUAGUACGGAAGUUCUUCAACUCUCCUGGCAAGUAUGUGAGAGUAUAA